AUGCUCGCGAGACUUGCCCUGGUCCUCGCGACGCUCAUUCAAGUCCUCUCGUUGCGUACCCCUGAACAGGGCAUAAUAAACCAUCCCGUCUGGCCCUUCCUGAACAACCCCGGGGCCAAAAAGUCUGCACCCUACCACCAACGUUCCUCCCACAACACAAACAUAAGCCUGAAAGGAGUAAGAGGCAUCAGGACCUUCAACCCUAGCGACUACGCAAAGAGAGAGUACAUAUUUAACACAUGGAAGGAACUAGCCAAGGCCUUUUCCUACGACUUUUAUGACCUGCCGGUGCUGGAGGACUACUCCAUUUUUCAGAACAGCAAAAUAAAUGAGGCAUACGACUUUGUAAAAAAUAAACGUCAUUUGAUUUUGCGCCCUGAAAUCACUCCCCAGUUGGUGAGACACUUGUUCGUGCGCGAGGAGAGGGCACAGCAAGCGCACCGCCACAAAAUUAAUACAGUUGCACAGUUGGCUGAUCAGGAAGCUGGGUGUCCGCCGCCAUCCCAAAGUGAAGUAACAACGGCCGCCAUGCCCAGCUCACCCUCACCCCGUGUGAGCCUCAAGCCCUACCGACUGCACAACCUCCGCAAGGUACACAAAAUGAGCACCAUCGGUCAGUGCUUCCGAUAUGAACAAACAACCACAUGUAGAAAAAGGGAGCACUACCAAUGGAAUGUGGAUAUCGUAGGAACAGAACAGCUAGAUGCAGAUGUUGAAAUACUAACCAUGUUGAUCUCCUUCUUCCAGCGAGUCCACCUACACCCCAGGGACGUGGUAAUAAAAAUAAAUGACAAGAGAAUUGUUGUACAGAUGAUAAAAAAAAUCUUCAAGUCAUCCUUGAGUGAAUUUUCACAACCCUACAUUCAACACCAUGUCAUUCAAAAUGUCUUACACAACCUAGACAAAUAUAAAAAAAUAUCCAGUGGUACUUUUAAAUUUUUGUUUCAAAGGAAAAUGCCCUACUUGCACAAACAUGAAAUGAUCAAUUUCUUCAAUGUCAUUGCAAAAAUACAAAGUUUACCUGACCUAGCAAUAUUUUUUAAUUUUCCAGAGAAGGUCAUUUUUUCCGAUUUGCACACAGUGCUAAGUUAUUUUCAGGACAUGAAUUUAAACCCUUACUUCGAAAUCGACUUAACUGUUGUUAGGGGAAUGGAUUAUUACACAAAUAUUAUUUUUGAGAGUUUCUACAGGCACAAAAAGUACAGAGCAAUUUGCGGCGGAGGCAGAUAUACCUACCUUCUUAAUGAGGGACAGCAUGUGUGUGCAGUGGGUUUGGGGAUGGGGGACGUCGUCAUCACGGAAAUUCUAUUCAACAGCCAAGCGCGCCAUGGGCGGAACGCAGAGGGAGACUUAGCCGACGAGCUCUCCAAGAACGUCGACGUGGUUAGCUUCUUCCCGCCCCUGACACAGCAGGUGGAGCAGAAACAUGUUGGCCACCCCCCCUGCACCCUCAUACAAAGGGAACACUUCCACAUAGUGGACACACUACGCAGAAACGGUGUGCGCGUGUACUCCCUCCUCCAGGGCACCAACAACAGCAGCCUUUCGAAGGCGCUGAAGAAGGCCAACUCCAUGCGCGCAAAUUUUUUUUUCUUCUUCGAUGAGCACAUUGGAGUGUUCUGCCUGAAGGAUUUGAGAACCGGGGGGCAGCGCGCGGUCACGUCGGCGGACGUCCUGUCGGUCUACUCUUCAGGGAUUUCCCCGCCACCCCAGUAG